AUGACGGGCAGCAGGGGAUAUGCGUGCGCGCUGGCAGCGACACUUUUGGCGGUUUGUGCAGCCAUGCCCCUCUCCCAGCCGGAGAGUGAGACAGACCAGGUACUGCCACAGAGGACCCAGGUGCAGGUGCAUUUAUGGGACAGGAGGGACGCGUUAAAAGAGGCGACGGAGAGAGUAGCGCGGCGACAGAAAGCACUGAAAACACGUGUGGCCCGGCAGGAGCAGAUUGGCGCUCUGACUGACGACCAACGAGACUUCAUGUCCAAGCAAAUAGUGCAGGCUAUUUCAGAGAUGAUCAGCAAGGAGGGCUGUUUUGGGUACCACCCUCUCUCUGACCGGGACUACCAAGGCUGGAUGGAUUUUGGCCGCCGGAGCACAGGGGAGCAGGGACUGGACUAA